AUGUCUAGCAGAGACUACAAUUAUGAUGAGCAGGGCCAAUUCUUUCCCUACUUCAUCUUCACUAUCACCGCACUCAUAACUCUUCCUCUCUCAUAUUCUCUCCUCAAGCCUACGGAUGAAAUCGAAAAUACCGCACCUCGAAUUAAGUCCGACUUUAGGCCGUCAGACGCAGAUCUCAUAGAUGGACAAAAGCGAAAGCAAUGGCGGCGCGAGAGAAGACUGAAGAGAAUUAUCACUGCUGCGGCAGGCUAUAUCACCAUGGCGGCCAUGCUGUACUUGAUAAAGGUGACGACCGCAGAGACACCAGAGAUCUGGGACCCAUAUAGUAUAUUGGGAAUCUCUAUGUCAUCAGGUGAAAAUCAAAUCAAGAAACGAUAUCGAGAUCUUUCGAAGACGCUUCAUCCUGAUAAAGCGGUCCCAGACGUAUCCAAGAAUGAGACUCUGGAUUCCAUUAACGAUCAUUGGGUUGAAGUCUCCAAGGCCUUCAAGGCCCUGACCGAUGAAGAAAUCAGAAACAAUUAUAUACAAUACGGGCAUCCUGAUGGAAAACAGGGCUUCUCAAUCGGCAUAGCGUUGCCAAAAUUCAUAGUUAACGAGGGCAGUGGAAAAUACGUACUUUUAGUGUAUGGGUUGCUUCUCGGCGUUCUCCUUCCAUACACUGUCGGCCGUUGGUGGUAUGGCACCCAAAAAAUGACAAAAGAAAAGGUCCUCCUUGCCAGCGCGUCGAAGCUAUUCAAAGAAUACAAGGAUGAUAUGACUGAUGGCGACGUGAUCAAUGUUCUUAGCAGCGCGCAAGAGUUUGAAGAUGUAUUAAGAGGCAACAGAGCUGAUGCUGGUCUUGGUAAGGUGGAACAGACUAUCAAAGGCGCGGUGAAAGGAUCUGCAACGAACGGGCUGUCUGCAAAAGACCAAGAGAAAGUCAGUACGUACGACGGGCCUCGGCGAAAAGCUGCAGCUUUACUCUGGAGUUAUAUCGGAAGGCUCCAGCUAGGCCCAAGCCUUGAUGACGGUUCGUUUGAAGCUUUAGAUCACUGUGUACUUUUUGACGCGUGCUUAGAGAAAUACGAGAUCGGACCACUCGCUCACAAAUUACUCGACUGUUUCGUUGCUAUCACUUUGGCCUACGGGAAUACUGCGCCAUUGCUAUCUGCAUACCGCUCGUCUCAGCACUUGAUACAGGCAGUUCCGCCGUCAGGUUCUCCGCUCCAGCAGCUACCCCAUAUUACCCCUGAGCUCGCUCACACCAUUGAAGCGCCUCUCGGACGCACGCAUUUCACCGUACAACAGUUCAUGAGUCUCCCAGAACAUAAGCGCAGGAGAUUGUGUACCGAGCAGUCACCGCGACUUUCAAUGACGGAAUACAACUCCACUCUUUCAGUAGCCCGUCAAUUACCAUUUCUCAGUGUUGAGAAAGCCUUCUUCAAGGUCAUGGGCGAGAAGUUCAUUACGCCAGGGUCGUUGGUGCAAUUUGUGGUAAAAGCGCGCAUUAUACCACCAGGCACCUCUAAUGUUCCCGAAGUCAGCCCUACCGAUCUUGAGGACAUUGAUCCCGAGGAAGGAGAUUUAGAUGCAUUGUUGGGCCGCAGGUCCGCAACACGUGGUGCUAAGAUGCAGAGUGCUGCCGCCCCUUCAACAUCCGAAUCAGUCAUCCCACCCGUCGCAUACGCCCCUUACUUUCCUCGUGACCAUUCUCCGCGAUGGCAUGUCUUUCUUGCUGAUUCAAAGAUGGGCAAGAUCGCUGUUCCCCCUUUUACAGUCACGACCUUCAACCGCCCGAUCUUCGACGAAAAGACUGGCCUACCCACUUUCGAGCUUCAAACCUUCAAAUUCCAGUUCCAAAGCCCUCAGCAAGCCGGAUCAUAUCAAUUCGUCAUGCAUGUUGUAUGCGACAGCUACAUAGGAAGCGAUCACGUUCAAAACCUCACGCUGAACGUCGAAGCGGCGGAGAAGGCUGCAGAAAUGGCGAACGAAGAUGACGAGAUUAGUGAACCGGAGGAGGAUUCGAUCGCUGGGCAAUUAAGGGCGGUGCAGUCCGGAAAUCUUUCUAGUGCUCCUCCGAAGCGGAAGAAGAAGAUUGAGAUUGAAGAGGAUAGCGAUGACAGUAGCGGGACUGAUGAGGAGCAGAGUGAUAUGUCCGAUACCGAUACCGAUACUGACUCAGAAUAG